AUGGAUGUGUCAUACAACAAACUGGAAGGGCCGGUUCCACGAAGUGUGUUCUUUGAAGAUGCUCAAACUGAAUGGUUCUUGCACAAUAAUCAACUCUGUGGUGUAGUUAAAGGUUUGCCCUCUUGUGAAAUUACUAGUCGUGAACAACAUAAGAAUUACCAAGUUGUUUUACUAGCUAUAAUUCCUGCCACUAUUGCUCUUGUGCUUAUCACCACAGUAGUAACAAUAUUGAGAUAUAAAAGGAAGAAAUAUAGCACAGGAAGUGGUAAUGACUUGCAGCAGACAAAGUUGUUCGCCAUCUGGAACUUUGAUGGACAAGAUCUGUACAAGAAAAUUGUUGACGCCACGGAGAAUUUUGGUGAUAGUCACUGCAUUGGAACUGGAGGUAGUGGGUCAGUGUAUAGAGCUGAGUUACCUAGUGGUGAAAUAUUUGCGGUGAAGAAGAUCCAUCUGAUGGAAGAUGAUGAGUCAUUUUAUCAUGAAAUAGAUGCAUUGAUCCAUAUUCGGCAUCGAAACAUUGUGAAGUUAUUUGGCUACUGUUCUGCAACCCAGGGAAGAUUUCUGGUGUACGAAUACAUGGACAGAGGAAGCUUAGCAGAAUCUUUAAAGAACAGGGAAACUAUAGCUGAAUUGGAUUGGAUAAGAAGGUUAAAUAUUAUCAAUGAUGUUUCCCAUGCUUUAUCUUACAUGCAUCAUGAUUGCUUUGCACCGAUAGUCCAUAGAGAUAUAUCAAGCAACAACAUUUUGCUUGAUCUGGAAUUCAGAGCAUGCAUCUCUGAUUUUGGUAUAGCCAAAAUACUAUCUGCGGAUGAUUCAAACUGCACAAGGCUUGCCGGGACAAAAGGGUAUCUUGCCCCAGAGCUUGCAUACUCAACAAGGGUGACAGAGAAAUGCGACGUCUAUAGUUUUGGAGUGCUCACGCUCGAGUUGUUCAUGGGACACCAUCCAGGUGAUUUUCUUUCAUCCAUGGCCGAGAAGAGUACGUCACUCAAGGAUUUGUUGGACAUCCGGAUCCCACUCCCAGCGGCUGAGGUCGCAAGCAAAGUAUUCAAAGUGAUCACAUUUGCUGCUCGGUGCAUAGAACCAAAUCCAUCACGCCGUCCAACAAUGCAACAAGCAAUCAAGGUGUUCACUGCAGCUGGAGGACCUGAUAAUCAUGUUGAUCAUCUGCAUACUGGCAUUGUUAUCCCUGCCUGCUGGUCGUGA